ACCACACAACAAAGAAGUAGAAGAAACGGACGUGGUGUUUUUCAUUUGCUGCGAGUGAACAAAUUACUUUUUCCAAUUUCUCGAUUAUUCCCUGUUGCAGGAGUGCCGUGAAAACGCACCGUUUCUGAUGUGCAAAGCGAGCGGAACGGGAAAAACAUAAAACCAUCCCCCGACCCGCCCGUCCGCGAUGGGUAUCCGCAAGUGCAUCGUACCGGAGUGCCCGUCGUCCUCGGCACGCCCGGAAGACCGUGGCGUUACGUACCACAAGAUACCGUACCUGGACGAGAUGAAGCGGCUCUGGAUCGUGGCGUGCCACCUGCCGGACGAUUACUUCGCCACGAAAGCGUCGAACGUGUGCAGCCGCCAUUUCCGGCGGGCCGAUUUCCAGGAGUUUAAGGGCAAGAAGUAUGUGCUGAAGCUGGGCGUAGUGCCGACCGUGUUCCCCUGGACGGUUACGAAAUCGCCCGGGGAAGCGGGUAGUAGCACCAAGAGCCCACAAAAGCCCGCAACAAAGGGUAAAGAUGACGCAAAAGGCGCAAAGCCGGAAGAAACGGAGGAGGGCGAUGUGCCGCACGAGGUCGGCGAUAUGGACGGGGAUAUUGUGGUGAAGGAGGACGCGAAGGUGACGGCACUGCUGAAGUCGGAACAGGCGCAAAAAGGAAUGGCCACGCCGGACCGAAGCAAGCCGAAAGCGGCCGCCCCGUCGAAGCGCCCGAGCAGCAGCAAAAAGGCGACGAAAACCCCGGCCAAACAAGCCCGCCCUGCCGAACCGGUUGCAUCAUCCACGCCGGGCCGAAAGCAGACGCCGAAAAAGGGUGCCGGCGGGGAAGCGAAACCGGCGAGCACCGCGACCACGGCAAAGGAAGAACCGGUCGUUCCGGACGAGCCCGAAGCGGGCGGUGCGCCGGAAAAGCCGAUCGACUUCACGCCCGGCAGCAAGAUCGAGGCGCAAGAUUUCAGCGGCACCUGGCACGCGGCCAAGGUGGUGGAGGUGGACACGGAGGAGCGCGAGGUGCUGGUGCAGUUCGACAAGACGGACAAGCUGAAGUCGACCACGCAGGAGGAGUGGAUCCCGAUGGACAGUGUGCGGCUGCGGCCGAUCUCGAACGCGAUCUACAGCGUGGGCGAGAAGGUGUUUGCCCGGUGGAGCGAUUCGCGCAAGUUUAAGGCCACGAUCAAGAGCGUGCUGGAGAACCAGAUGUACGAGGUGGUGUUUGACGACGGGUUUGCUAAGAUUUGCAAAUCGACGCACAUUAGCCGCAUUAAGCGGUCCGAGGAUGCGAAGGGCGAUGGCCCGGAGCGGGAGGUGGUUGGCGCGGGAGGCGCGACGGAUGUCGGUGCGACGGUUAAGACGGAACCGGUGGAGCAUGGGGAAGGUAGCGAGGCGGCGGUGGAGUCACUGGUUUCGCUGAAUCAGCUGCGCAUACCGCAGGUGGUGAAGUUGAGCGAGCUGCCGGAAAUACCGCAGAACGGGGAGUGGUGCUGCCACUGGAUGAACGACUAUCCGGUCGGGGAGUCGUCCGAGGUGGACCUGCCGGGCGGCCGGGUGUACACCGUGAUCGUGCCCGACUGGCGCAUGCCGGAGGGGUGGGUCAAGCACAUCUUUCAGCGCAUCACGACGUACGGCAAGAUGGACAUACUGCUGAUCAGCCCCAGUGGGAAGGUGCUGCGCUCACGGCAGGAGGUGAAAGCGUACCUGGCCGAAAUAGGCGAAGAGUACGACCCGAACCGGUACGACUUCGGGCUGCACGUGAAGCGGGCGAAGCAGCUCGGCUUCUGCCACUACACGCAGGAGUACCGCGAUAGCUUCCUGCCGAAACCGGCCACCGAGCCGGUGCUGCUCAACACGGAGGUAAACAUUGGCGCGGUGAAGGUGAAAAUCAUAGACAAUUUGUUCCAGUGCCCCGAGGAGGAUUGUUUGAAGACGUUCCGGAAGGAGAACCAUCUGCAGAUACACAUCAAACACUACCACAAGGAGCUGGCGAAGGGGCUGGGCGACAUUCCCAAUAUGCAGGAUCUGGCUGCCUUAAGGACACCGAUCGAGCUGCUGGAAACGCCGAAACCGGUUAGCCGCAAAUCGCAGACGGCGGCAGCCGGCACAACGCCGAAAGCUUCCACCGCCCAGUCCGCACCGGUUAGGGAGGAAACGAGGGAAGAGGAGGAACUGCUACCGGCGGAAAUGUGGGUAGAGAGUACGGUGGUAAUGUCCGACGGCAAAGUGGAGGAAGCGCUAAAGCAGCCGCGGGAGAUAAAGCAGGAAGCGGAGAAGGCGCCCGAAUCGGAAGCGUCCCUAAUGGCAAUGGACACCGACGCGUCGCUCGCGGAGGAAUCAUCGGCGGACGCUAGCAGCACCGUGACCGCCUCCACCCCAGCCUCAUCCAGCAAGUCGAAGGUCUCGAGCAAGGUUCCGAAAAUUAAGCUUUUCUCGCAGAAGAAAGCAGCGGGCGAGGGAGGAAAAAAGGUGGUACGGCACGGGCUGGUUACGAAGAAGAAAGUGUCCGGCGGGUCGAAGAAAUCCAAGCGCCCGAAACCAUCGCGCCGCCCGGCAGCGAACCGAUCCGCACCGGCCCUGUUGCGCCCGAACGACACCACGCUGGCGGGCUCGUUUGCGUACGGGAGCGGCGGGUUUCAGAACGAAACGAUCGGGGGCAUUUACGACGAGUCGAUCAAUGCCAGUGUGGCGGGGGCGAGCGGUGCCGCCGGUGGGCUGGUGGACGAGAACGGUGAGGUGAUCAAAAUAGUGCGUAUGCGCAAGGAGGAAAUCAUCAACUGCCUGUGCAAGGUGACGGAGGAGGACGGGCUGAUGGUGCAGUGCGAGAUGUGUCUGUGCUGGCAGCACGCGUUCUGCCAGAACAUCCGGCACAGCAGCGAGGUGCCGGACACGUACGUGUGCAGCAUCUGCCGGUAUCCGUACCGGGGGCGGGCGUCGAAGCGGUACGCGCACGACCAGGACUGGCUGUACGAGGGCAAGCUGCCGGUGGCGAAGUACCACGUGACCAACUCGCGGCACGCGCAGCGCUUCGACAUACUGAAGAACUCGCACACGCUGACGGGCAAUCUGCUCGAGCUGAAGCGCUUCAUGCACAGCCUGCAGAUGAAGAUCAACAUUGCGGAGAAGAAGGACCACCCGAAGAUGUACCUGUGGUCGAAGAAGUGGGAAAAGAGCCCACCGCGUGGCGAUGGCAGUAGCAGCAGCUCGGUGGGAGGUGGUGCUGAUAAGCCACUGCAAGGGGAUGGUGCGACGGCACAGCAACAGCAGCAGCAGUUGCCACAGAUCCCGGUCCCGGAGGCACCGAUCGAUCCGGCCGAGUGUCAGACGAUUCUGCUGGACCACAUCCAGAAGCUGCAGAACGACGCGAUGGGACGGCUGCAAGCGAUCGAGGCGCAGAUUAUCGGAUUGGAAGCGUACGAUGAAAAGGCGGACCUGCUGGAAUCGCCCACCGCCAAGAACUACCCGAAAACGAAGCAAACCAUCCACAUGCUGCUGAACGAUUUGCUGAAGAUGAAGAAGAUCGGAGAAAUCCACUCGGAUAUGCACAGUCUCACGAUGUAGCGAGGGCAGGGCAAACACUACCAAAUGUUUGGCGUUAGGCGUUAAGUUUUAUAUAGGCCUAAGUUGAGCGGCUAUACUGUAGCUUUAUAGCUAUAAUUUGAUUUCCGUUUUUCAUUUGCGCGUACAGUUUGCUGUUUUUUUAACCACAAUUGAAGUUCAUUUUUCAUGCUGUGUUUAACUCCUCCGGAAGCGAUAUGUAGAAUAUAAUUUUAAGCAUGUAAGCGAUUAGAAGAAUAGAUUUUUUUGAGUUUAGCAUUUAAUUUUGGAAGAUUUAAUACACAGACAUUUGAGUGUUAUAUGAGUAGUUUUAGCUUAGGGUUUGAAGAUGCUUUUAGAAUAGAAUUUCUAUUCACUUCUCUAUUUUAAAGUGUAGGAUUAAUAAUCCUUUUCGAUUGGUGGUGCCAACAGUCGAACGAAUAAUUGUUGGGUAGAAUUCUGUGCAAAAUCGAAUCACAUGACGAGUGUCACUACUGACUCGCCAUAGUAAACCAACAAAAAGAAAACAUUUCGGUUUGGCAAAUAGUUUAUGGCCACGCAUGGUAAAUGUGUAAAUAUGUGAGACCAUUUAUAGAGUGCGGACAUAAAAGACAUGUACGCUAUUGAUGCAUGAACAUAAGGUACUAGGGAACCAUGCUUAACCCCAGUAAAUGAUGCAGUGAGAUAGAAGAGUGCUGCGUUGCUGUUAAUAAAGGAACGAAGCUAAAGGAACAA